AACCAUCGAACAUGAGGAAUUUUGUGUUUUUUGCAUGUUCUCUGACUCUUUACUCUUGCCUGGUUAAUGCUGCACAACCGACGGGAUGCAGCUACAGCACUGAAACUGGAUCACGUGGUCUGUACACCUGCGAUUUUGCGGUAAUGUCCCUGCCAGUAACCUACAGCGCCUUCACCAACCCAAUACCCCAGCGUCUUAAGAUAAGAAAUAUCAACGGCAACUUACCAGUGUCAUCCCCAACCAAGUCCUUCAAUGGAUUCGGAAGCUAUUCAACAGGCAGUCAUGACUCGGACUUUACAUCCUACCUGGAGCUCGAAUGCUCCACCGGAAGUCCCUCGGGCCAAGCCAUCAUUUCAAUGGGAACGUUUUCGCAGAUGUCGUACCUUCAAGAGCUGCAUAUAAAAAACUGCAGGCUGACAAACGGUCUUCCGGAAUAUAUAUUUGCCGAUUUCAAAAGUCUGAACAUAUUAACUAUCGAGGGUGGUUCCAUUGAUGCAAUAGCUGCAGAUACUAUGGCCGACUUCAACAUCACUGUAUCUACAACGCUAACCAAAUCGAGAGGUAUUCUGAACUUCACAAAUGUCGCUAUAGCAGGAGGAUCGAUUACCAGCGGAUUUUUCUACCACCUGAAAACUGUAGACACCAUUAUUCUAGACAACAAUGGUUUGACUACAUUGGAAACCGCCAUGUUUUCUCAGAAUACCAGGCUCCAGCGACUCAUUAUCAGAAACAACCCUAUCACGUCUUUCCCUAACAACAUGUUUUCUGGUCUAGAUUCUCUGUUGUACGUGGAACUGAGUGGGAUGAGUCUGACAUGUUCCUGUGAAAACGUCUGGUUCAUCAAACACUUUCUUGACCACAACAUCACUCUAGGGGAUGGGGCCAUUUGUUCAAUGAGUACUAAUGCCAAGAAUGCUGAGAAGUAUUACUUUGAAAACUGUGUGACCUACGAUAUCUGCGAUGGGAUACCAGGUCUCAUCCUCGGAGACUCCUGUCACCACUGGUUCAGAAUCCUCUUUGUCCUCCUGCUUAUCAUCGCUAUAAUCCUCACUAUAAUCGUCCUUAUCCUCCUCAUCCAUACCCGGAAGAAGCUGAUGUCAAAACACGACAAGCUCCGAGCCAAGCAGACGGAGAAAUGGUCAAAGAUACAACAGGUGCUUAACUCACAGGCGGUCACUAAGCAGAAGCCACCGGCAGCCACCCUACCACCAAAGGGUGUUGCAAGGUGACCACAACCGA